AUGUGGUUGGGGGAAGAUAUUUGUAAGGAAAUUGUGCAGCAAAGCUGGGAUAAAACUAUGGGAUUGGACGUCUUGGAUCGUAUUGUUGCGUGUAGCCGUGAUAUAUGGGUCUGGGGCCGGAAUUAUAACAAAGACUUUUUGAAGAGAAUUGAUGCCUGUAAGCUAAAGCUGGAAAGCCUGCGUGCGAGAACGGAUGGUGAUGGUUGUGCCGAGUAUGAACGUGUAGAGAAGGAGCUCCUAAUCUUGUUGGAACAACAGCAUUUGUAUUGGAAACAAAGAGCCAAGGAGCACUGGUGGCGGGGGGAUGAUCAAAAUACUAAGUUUUUUCAUAACAGUAUUGAGAGUGAAGAGGAGAUUGGCGGAAUAAUGGUUGACUAUUUCAGGGAGGUGUUUACGGCUGAGGAUGGGGAAAUGAAUGAAGUUAUUGCCUGCAUGCGGCAAUAUGUGAAGCCGGAGGAAAAUGCGAGAAGUUUCAUUGAUACAGGUCAACUACCGGCUCGUGCUAAUGAAAGUUUGAUUGUGUGA